AUGGACAUUGCCAUCAUAGGAAUCGGAGCAAGGCUUCCUGGAGAUGCCUCUACACCGGAAGGGUUCUGGAACCUGCUCAUGAACGCUCGCUCAGCUCGCAGUGAAGCCCCGAAAUCUCGCUACAAUGCCGAGGCAUUCUACCACCCAGACCCAGAUAGGGCGGGCUCAACACCCGUUACGACAGGCCAUUUCCUAAACCAAGACCCCGGUGUCUUCGACGCCCCCUUUUUCUCCAUCACGCCGGCGGAGGCCAAAGCCAUGGACCCGCAGCAGAGACUACUCUUGGAAGUAUCCUAUGAGGCUCUCGAAAACGCCGGCCUCCGCAUCUCGGACCUCAAAGGCUCCAAAACCUCCUGCUACGCCGGCAGCUUCACCGGCGACUACCGCGACCUGACGAUGCACGACAACCAAGGUCACGGGCUGUACACGGCCACGGGCACGCACACCAGCCUCGUCGCCAACCGCGUGUCGUGGUUCUUCGACCUCGCCGGCCCGAGCGUAACCAUGGACACGGCGUGCUCGGCGAGCCUGACAGCCUUCCACCUCGCAUGCCAAGGCAUCCGCAACGGCGAGGCCGACAUGGCGACGCAGGGCCUCGUCGCCGGCACGCACCUGAUCCUGGGGCCGGACUCGACGCUCCUCCUCAGCGCCGGCCGGAUCCUCUCGCCCGAAGGGGCGUCGAAAGCGUUCGACGCGCGCGCGGACGGGUACGGGCGCGGCGAGGGCGUCGGCGUCGUCGUGGUCAAGCCGCUGGCGGCGGCGCUGCGCGACGGCGACACGGUCCGCGCCGUCGUGCGCGGCUCCGCCGCCAACCACAACGGCCGCACGCCGAGCCCCAGCCAGCCGAGCGCGCGCGCCCAGGCCGCGCUGACCCGCGCCGCGUACGCGCGGGCGGGGCUCCCGCCCUCGAGCUGCGGCUUCGUCGAGGCGCACGGGACGGGCACCGCGGUCGGGGAUCCGCUCGAGAUGCGGGCGCUGGCUGAGACGGUGGGGGAGGGACGCACGACCGACUUGUAUGUCGGGUCGGCGAAGACGAACAUAGGGCACUUGGAGGGCGCGGCGGGCCUGGCCGGGCUGAUCAAGUGCGUUUUGGUGGUGGAGAAGGGGAUCGUGCCUCCGAACGUUGGGUUCGAGAAGCUUAAUCCGAGGAUAGUGCUUCCCGAUCACGUCAAGAUAGCAACCGCGGCCGUCCCGUGGCCGACCACUGGCCCUCGCAUCGCCAGCGUGAACUCGUUCGGCUUUGGAGGAGCCAAUGCGCAUGUGAUCAUCGAAGACGCAUACCACUUCCUCCACGAGCGCGGUCUGUCAGGCAUCCACCAGACGGUAAUCCAUCCAGCACUCCCCCCCGGCGCCGUCAAUGGCCACACCAACGGCCACACCAACGGCGUCAACGGCCACACAAACGACUCCACCGAAGCUACCCCUCGCCCACGCCUCCUCGUCCUCUCCGCCCAAGACAAGCAAGGAACCCAGCGUCUCAGCAGCGCCCUCUCAUCCUACCUAUCCUCCACCGCCCCGCACCCCUCCCUCCUCCCCUCCCUCGCCCACACCCUCUCCCGCCACCGCACCCCCCUCCUCUGGAAAACCUUCCUCCUCGCGCCCACCCCCGCAGCUGCCCAAACCGCCCUCGCCUCCCCCCUACGCCCCCCGACGCGCUCCCCCUCCUCCUCGACGGGCCCCCGCCUCGCCCUCAUCUUCACCGGCCAAGGCGCGCAAUGGCCCACCAUGGGCGCCGCCCUCUUCGCGCACUCGGCCACCUUCCGCGCCUCCAUGGCCGCCAGCCAGCGCACGCUCGCCUCCCUCGGCUGCCCGUGGGACAUCCGCACCGAACUGCUGCGCGGCCCGCCGUCGGCGUCGCGCGUCGCCGACGCCGCCCUCAGCCAGCCGCUGUGCGUGGCGCUGCAGGCGGCGCUGGUCGACGUGCUGCGCGAGGAGUUGGGCGUGGGGGUUGGUGUCGGUGUUGGCGUCGCGGCCGUCGCGGCCGUCGCGGGCCACUCCAGCGGCGAGAUGGGCGCGGCCUACGCGGCGGGACUGCUGUCGCGGCGCGCGGCCGUGGCGCUGGCGUGGGCGCGCGGCGUGUGCGCGGCGCGCGUCGAGGCGGCGAGGGACGUGGACGGCGCCAUGUUGGCGGUGAGGGCGGGCGGCGCGGAGGUCGCUGGAUGGCUAGAGGAAGCGCGGGGCCUGUCCGGGGCGGCGGUGGUGGCGUGUUUCAAUAGCCCGAGGAACUGCACGGUUUCGGGCGAUCGGAAGGCGCUGGAGGGGCUGAGGGCGGAGUUGGAGAGGCGGGGCGUGGGGUCGACGGUGUUGGGGGUCGGCGUCGCGUAUCAUUCGUGGCAUAUGCGGAGGAUUGCGGAUGAGUAUCGCGAGGCGGUGGUGGCGGCUUUGGCGGCUGAGGAUGGCCCUGGCGGGAAGACGGCGGCGGCUGGGGGUGCUGGGACGGGUGCUGGGACUGUCCCGUUCUUCUCGUCUGUGACGGGGAAGCUGCUGCGGCCGGAGGAGCUGGGGCCCGAGUACUGGGUGGAGAACCUGGUGUCGCCGGUGAACUUCACCGGGGCGGUGCAGAGCAUGAUCAGGAGCACGCGGGACGGGGCUGACGGGGCGGCGUUCGUGGACGCUUUCGUCGAGGUCGGACCGCACUCUGCGUUGCGGACCUAUCUCAUGGAGAUCUGCGCCGGCGAGAGCGUCCCGGUGAGCAUCCCGUACUCGACCAUGCUGCGCCGCAACACCGACGCCGUGGAGUCGCUCCUGACCGCCGCCGGCGAGCUGUGGUGUCUCGGGGCGGACGUGGAUGUCGACCGCGUCAACGGGACGGAGUCGGGCGCGAGGAUGCUGACCGACCUGCCGCCGUAUCCUUUCAACCACUCUUCCAGCUACUGGGCAGAGUCGGCCAUCACCAGGCAGUACAGGUUCCGCCAGCAGCCGCGGACAGACCAUCUCGGUGUGCCCUUUGCUGGUUCAGUGACGCCGCAGUGGAGGAACUUCCUCAAGUUGCGGGAGAACCCGUGGCUGGGUCAUUUCAAGAUCAAGUCGGAAAUUGUGUACCCGAAUGCCGGAUUGGUGGUCAUGGCCAUCGAGGCAAUCAAGCAGCUCGCCGAUGCCAGCGAGCACAUCUCGGCUUACGAGCUGCGCGAUCUCGCUUUCGGCGACCCUCUCCGCAUUGUCGACGGUGAAGGCGGCGCCGAGGUGGCGACGCAGGUGAGCCCGCCGACAUCCAAAGGGAGCUGGGCCGACUUCAGCAUCGUCUCGCGCUCCGACUCCGGCGACUGGACGCCACCGCACUGCCAUGGCAAGGUUCGCGUCAUCUACGCCAGCCAGCAGCUCACCGAGGCGGCGCAGACGGAGCGGCGAUGGGAGCAGAAGGAACUGGCCGCCCUCUACAACAGCGCCGUCACCGACUGCGGCAGGCCGGAGCCCGACUUCUACGCAACGCUUGAGGCGGCCAGUUACGAGUACGGCGCGGCGUUCCGGAACCUGGAGCGCCUUUACCUGGGCGACAAGGCCGGACGAGCCGUGGCGCGUGUUCCCGACACCAAGAGCCUGAUGCCGCAUCACUUCGAGUAUCCAACCGUCAUCCACCCCGCGGCUCUGGAUGCGUUCGUACAGAUGAUUUACCCCGCGCUGACCGAGUCCGGAUGCCCUCUCAUCACGUCCACCACCGCAACGCCCGUGGGCCUCGAGCGGCUCUACCUCUCCGCAGACGUGGCAUUCAAGGCGGGGGCUGAGUUUGACGUCUUCUCCAAGGGCGAGCGCACAAGCUCCGGCACGCGGCAAGUAUGCGUGUACGGGUUGCAGUCGACCUCGCCGGCACCGGCCGUCGUCAUCGAAGGGUUGCGCGUCGUGUCUGGCCCCACCGAAGCGGUCCACGGUCCCCCGACGCUCUGCUUCGACACCGUGUGGCGCGAGGACGUCGAUCUGCUCAGCCAGGAGCAAGUGGCGGCCGCCGUCUUCGCGCGCGCCGAGCCGGACCCGUUCGACGGCGCGCACUACGCCAUGCUGGACCUCGUGGCGCUGCCGUACCUCCAGGACGCGAUCGACUGGCUGGCGACAAACGAGGGCAGGCUGGACGGCAGAGACGGGGGCUUCCUCAAACUUUUUGCCGAAUGGAUGGCGGACAAGCUGCGCGAGAACGCGGCGGUGGUGGCGGGCCCGAAAGCGCUGAGGGAACAGGCGGCCAAGGCGGUGGUGGAGCUGCAGAACACCGAGGCCGGCGCGGUCACGGUGGAGCUGAUCCAUCGGGUGGGUGAGAACCUGAAGGGCAUACUGAGCGGCGACGUCGAGCCGUUGCAGGUCAUGUUGCAGAACGGGCUGCUGUACGAAUACUACCGCGUUGGCCUGGGAACCAGCUUCAACAGCAACGUCGCCGCGUACAUGGGCAUGCUCGCACACAAGGGCGCCGGUCAGCUCUCCGUCCUCGAGAUCGGCGGCGGCACUGGAGGCACGACGCGGCGCAUCCUCGACGCCAUUCGCAACCCCGACGGCACCUCGGGCGUCUCGCGCUACGUCUUCACCGACGUCUCGCCCGGCUUCCUGGGCAACGCGGCCACCAACUUUGAGCGCGACGCCAGCGUCAUGGAGUUCAAAACACUCGACAUCGAGGAGGACCCUGCCGCCCAGGGCUUCGAGCCGGGGACCUUCGACGUGCUGGUCUGCGCCAACGUGCUGCACGCCACGAAGCGUAUACGUGACACGCUGGCCCGCUGCCGCAAGCUCUUGAAGAAGGACGGGAAGUUGGUUCUGGCCGAGCUGACCGACAACCCCGUCUUCAUGGGCCUCAUGAUGGGACCGCUGCCCGGCUGGUGGCUGGGCGAGGAGGAUGGCCGCCACGGGGGGCCCAUCAUGACUGCAGCGAAGUGGGACGGCGCCCUCAAGGAUUCCGGCUUCACUGGCGUCGAGGUCCACAUCCGUGGCGACAAGGAUGCCCGGGACGGGAGUCCGACAGCCUUGAUCGUGUCGACGAGGAAGGACGAGCAGUGUACUGCCGCCCGCGACAAGAAGCCGGGGUUCUGUGUGCUGGUCGACGAUAGUGCCGGGGCAAAGAGCCUUGCCAGCGCGCUUGAGCAGCUUCUGGUCGCGCGUGGGGAAAGGGUUUCGAUCCUCACCUGGCCGGGCUCAGGGGUGUCGGCGUCUUCUGUGCGCGACUCGUACUGCAUCUGCCUCGUCGGGCUCCGGCCUGCCAUCCCCUUCAACGUCCCUGCUGGUACGUUAGCUGAGCUCAAACACCUGCUCGUCGGCGCCGCAGCCGUGUGUUGGGUGAGGCAGGAUACAAGCAGCAGCGCCCAGCACCACCCGCCAAACACCGUCUUGUCCGAAGACGCCGCCAGCAACAUCAUCACCGUGGAUCUAGACCCGACAACAGCCUCCCCGGCCGCCGACGCGUCCAGCCUGCACCGACUGAUCGACCUGCUCGCAUCCCGGCACAGCACGACUCUUGCUACUACCCCUCAGCAAGACACGUCGUACGCGAUCCGCAACGGCUUCGUGCAGAUCCCGCGUCUCGCCGCAGCAACUGCCCUCAACGACGCCGUCGCCCUCGCAUCCAGCCGCCAGUCCCCCGACACCACGAUCCAGCUCUCCCAAACGACCGACGCCCUCAAGCUCGCCAUCAAAACCCCCGGCCAGCUCGACUCGCUCAGCUUCGUCCACGACGACGGCCCCGCCUUCGCCUCGCCCCUACCGCCCGGCUGGAUCGAAAUCGCCGUCCACGCCGCCGGCGUCAACGCCCGCGACGCCGCCACCGCCCUCUCCGGCGGCGGCGCCACCACCUCCCUCGCCCUCGGCUGCAGCGGCAUCGUCACGCGCGUGAACAGCAGCAGCAACGGCACUACCACGAUCACAGGCACCGCCAUCCAACCAGGCGACCGCGUCGUCUGCUUCGCAGCAGCAUCAGAAAGCGGCGGGCUAUCCACGCGGGCGCGGCUGCCGGCUUACCUGGCUUCGCCGCUGCCCGCGGCCGUCGGCCUCGACGACGCGGCGGGCUGGGCGGUGCCGCACGCCGUGGCGCACCACGCGCUGGUGCGGGUGGCGCGGCUGCGGCCGGGGGAGACGGUCCUCGUGCACGCCGCGGCCGGGGGCGUGGGCCAGGCGGCCGUCGCGCUCGCGCGCGGGCUGGGCGCCGACGUGUUCGUCACGGCCGGGUCGGACGCGAAGAGGGGGGUUUUGGUGGACGCGUGCGGGGUGCGUGCGGACCGCGUGUUUGGGAGUCGGGGGGAUCGGGCGUUUGCGAGGGCGGUUGAGAGGGCGACGGGCGGAAGGGGCGUGGAUGUUGUUCUUAACUCGCUGGGAGGGGAGUCGCGAAGGCUGUCGUGGGGCUGUCUGGCUGAGUUUGGCCGCUUUUUGGACAUUGGCGACUGGGACGGUCUGGAUGUGCUUCCCUCACUGAAGAACCGAUCGUACUUCCGCAUCGACCUCUACGAGCUCGUCAAGAAGGAAAGCAAGGUCUCAAAGUCCAUCAUGGACAGUGUCUCCAAGGCAUUGGAUACCGGCAACGUCAGGACUGCAAAGCCGUUGUCGGUGUAUGGAGCCGGGAAAAUCGAAACCGUCUUCCGCUACAUGCAGACGGGCGAGCACAUGGGCCAGACCGUCAUCAGCAUGGUAACCGACGAUCAAGUCAAGUACACGCCGUCUCCUCCACGCAUCACUCUACGCCAGGACGCAACAUACAUCCUCGCGGGCGAAUUCGCAGGCGCUGGCCGCGAGCUGGCAAGAUGGCUGAUCUCGAGGGGCGCGCAUCACCUCGUUUUCCUGUCCGAAAGCGCCGCCAGCCACCGAGCCAACGAAGCCCAUGUCCAGACCCUCAAGGACAACCACGGCAUCGAAGCGGCCGCUAUCCUAGCCGACAACAAGACUUCUCUGGACGCGGCGGUCCAAAGCAUUCAAAGCUCGCCGCUUCCCGCCAAGGGCGUCAUCAUCGGCGACAUGAUGCCAGAGUCGCAGCAGCCCGACAGCACUUCAGCCGCAUACCACGAGCUGCACACAGCAUUAGGUGCCGCUGCCGCUCCGGCCGACUUCACCGUGCUCCUCUCCUCCGGCCCAGAAGCAGCAGCAGCAGCAGCCUCCUUCCCCAACAACGCCCGUAGCAGCACCCAGCAGAGCCACCGCACCCUCUCCCUCACCCUCGGUCUCGGCACCAAGAGCAGCCUACGCGCGCCACCCCUCCGCGACGUCGAAGCCGCAAUCGAAGCCGCCCUGCUACACCUGCCGGACGACUCUUCCUCCCACAACACCAGCAGCGCCGCAUUCGGCCCCAUCACCCUCGUCAGCCCACCACUCAGCAACGACGACGACGACGACCCCUCCGCCGCGCACCUCCGCUCCCCGCGCUACGGCCCACUACGACAGGCGCACCACCGCCUCGGCACCACCACCACCACCUCCUCCACAACCCCCGCCCCCAACGCCACCCCCAACGCAAGCUCGUCCCUCCACGCCGAACUAACCCAACUCCCACCAGCCGGCGCCACCGCCUCGAACGACGACGACAAUUCGAACGCCAACGCCAUCGCAGCCCUCGUGACGCACCACCUCCGCGCCCGCAUGGCCCGCCUGAUGAUGGUGCCGGCCGACGAGGUGGACGCGCAGCGCCCGCUCGGCGCGUACGGCGUCGACAGCCUCGUCGCGGCCGAGCUGCGCAACUGGCUCGCCGCCGAGACGGGCGUCGACGUCGGCGUGGCGCGGCUGACGGCGGCGGACGUGCCGUUGGGGGCGGUGGCGUGGGAUGUUGCGAGGGAGAGGGCGGGGGCGGGGGGGAAGUAA